ACCCUCCCUUCCCUUCUUCCUCGCAUUCUUCUUCUCCACAAUCACAUUGCAUAUUUUCCUAGGCUUCUUUCCUCUGAUACAUUGCAACAAUGUCCUCGGAGAAGGAGAGAGAGACCCAAGUUUACUUGGCCAAGCUCUCUGAGCAAGCCGAGAGAUAUGAAGAAAUGGUUGAAUGCAUGAAGUCAAUAGCAAAACUUGAUCUAGAGCUGACAGUGGAAGAGAGGAACCUGCUCUCGGUGGGAUACAAAAAUGUGAUUGGUGCGCGUCGAGCCUCAUGGCGCAUUAUGUCUUCAAUUGAACAAAAGGAAGAGUCUAAAGGAAAUGAGAACAAUGCGAAACUUAUCAAGAAUUAUCGCAAAAAGGUUGAAGAGGAACUAUCCAAAAUUUGCGGUGACAUUCUUCAAAUUAUUGACCAGCAUCUCGUUCCUAAUUCCACCUCAGGAGAAGCUACUGUUUUCUACUGUAAAAUGAAAGGUGACUAUUAUCGAUAUCUAGCUGAGUUCAAGACCGACCAAGAAAGAAAGGAGGCAGCUGAGCAAUCACUAAAGGGAUAUGAGGCUGCUUCAGCCACUGCAAACACAGAGCUUCCAUCAACACAUCCAAUCCGUCUUGGACUUGCACUCAACUUCUCAGUCUUCUAUUAUGAAAUAAUGAACUCUCCCGAAAGGGCCUGUCAUUUGGCUAAACAAGCUUUCGAUGAGGCAAUUGCGGAGUUAGACACCUUGAGUGAAGAGUCAUACAAGGACAGCACUUUGAUCAUGCAGUUGCUGAGAGACAACCUGACUCUCUGGACCUCCGAUUUACCUGAGGAUGGAGGUGACGAAAUCAAAACAGAAGAAGCCAAACCUGCAGAACCUGAGAACUGAUAGGAUUUGGCUGUCCCUGGACCAUUACUCAGGCAUCUAAUGUGUUCUUUUAAAAGAGCAUUUUCAGCUUUAAUUCUCUUGGAGUUCAUUUAGACCAAAAAAAGCAAAUUAUGGCCACUUCAGAGUUACUGUGCUCUGUUUACAUCCAACCAUUAUUAGAAAAGUUGGACCCACGGCUUUUUUUUUUUUUUUUAAUACCUAAGUUUUUCUUUAUACUUCGUAUAUUUUAAGUAAGGUCAUCGAUUGAACAACGGAUAAUUUACAUAUUUUACUUUAAGCCA